GCUCCGAGACUGCGUGGGAGCGCCCAGCCGCUGCCCUGAAGGGAGCGCUGCGGGAAGGAUCCUUCACGAAAGAUUCCUGUGCUUGAUCCAUUCCCGACCUUCCACAAAAAUGUCUAAGCAACAGCCUGCUCAGUUUACCAAUCCAGAAACCCCUGGCUAUGUUGGAUUUGCAAACCUUCCCAAUCAGGUUCACCGCAAGUCUGUGAAAAAGGGGUUCGAAUUUACUCUUAUGGUGGUUGGUGAAUCUGGAUUGGGAAAAUCCACAUUAAUAAACAGCCUCUUCUUGACAGAUCUCUACCCAGAAAGGAUAAUCCCAGGAGCUGCUGAGAAGAUUGAACGCACUGUGCAGAUUGAAGCCUCAACAGUUGAAAUUGAAGAGAGGGGUGUGAAGCUACGCCUGACAGUUGUAGAUACACCAGGGUAUGGGGAUGCUAUCAAUUGUCGAGAUUGUUUUAAGACCAUAAUCUCUUACAUUGAUGAGCAGUUUGAGCGCUAUCUGCAUGAUGAGAGUGGUUUGAACAGAAGGCAUAUCAUAGAUAACCGGGUUCAUUGCUGCUUCUAUUUCAUUUCACCAUUUGGUCACGGCCUUAAGCCUCUGGAUGUUGAGUUUAUGAAGGCCAUACACAACAAAGUUAAUAUCGUACCUGUGAUUGCAAAAGCUGAUACGCUUUCUCUGAAAGAGCGAGAAAGACUAAAGAAAAGGAUUCUGGAUGAAAUAGAAGAGCAUGGCAUCAAGAUUUAUCACCUGCCAGAUGCUGAAUCAGACGAGGAUGAAGAUUUUAAGGAGCAGACCAGACUCCUGAAGGCCAGCAUUCCAUUUUGUGUAGUGGGAUCCAAUCAACUCAUUGAAGCCAAAGGUAAAAAAGUUAGAGGCCGACUCUACCCAUGGGGUGUAGUUGAAGUGGAGAAUCCGGAACACAAUGACUUCCUGAAGCUGAGGACCAUGCUAAUCACCCAUAUGCAAGAUCUCCAGGAGGUGACCCAGGAUCUUCACUAUGAGAACUUCCGCUCUGAGCGGCUCAAACGAGGCGGCAGGAAAAUAGAAGACGAAGAAGUAAAUAAAGACCAGAUUCUGCUUGAAAAAGAAGCUGAACUUCGUCGCAUGCAGGAGAUGAUUGCGAGAAUGCAGGCACAGAUGCAGAUGCAGAUGCAAAGCGGCGAAGGAGAUGGCAGUGCGGUUCAUGGGCACCACGUGUAAAGCCUUCGAUUACCCUGACUUAAAGGAGACCUUCUGGAGUUGGAUUGCGGCGGUGCUCUACCGGAAAGGACGCCUUUUGAUUGGCAUGUGACUUGGAGUUUGCUUUGGAGUUUUAAUGUGGAAAUGCAUUGUGGUAACUCUUGUGAUACAUACUUCAUAACAUGUAGUCAGUCGGUAUUUUAUAUGUUAUACACAUUUGACUUUGUUGUUCUUUAGUAAUUCUUACGUUGAGCUUGUUUUCAAUUUCCCAUUGUAUUAGGGAUACAAAAUAGACAUUGAAACUUUUCUAGCCUGAUAGGGCGUUAGGUAAUUAUUCUUUUUAAUGUGGCUUAUGAGCUCCCUGCUUUUAACUUCGUUUUACACUUAGAAAUAAACAGCUGUCGGCGAUACCUUGUUCAGUGGCAUCUAACAGCCACCUCACUAGGGGGCCCUGCAAGGUUAAUUGCCCGGGUUUCACGGUGUUUACAGGUGUGUGUGUCUGUGAGACCAUCAGCCCUUUUUCUGUCUCUGCUCAGCACAGGUGAUUUCCUUGGCCUCUGCAAGUAUCAAAAUUAAAGCAUGCCAUGUGUCUUAACAAGAGAAAUAAGAGGAAAUGCCUCUUUAAGAGGCUCACUGUAUUUUAUAUGACGGGUGUUACUUCCCUCAGAUUGAACCUCGAGGGCCGUACGUUCUUUAUUGUCUGCCUGAAAUCUCUUACUGUAUUGCAGAAAGUUCUUAAGAGCUUGUCGGUUAGCACAAAUCAAUCCUACUAUUUUCUGGCAUUACUGUAGCCAAAUAAACUUGAAUAAUGCUGAUACCGUUAAACGAGGUAAACCUCAAAGAGCAAUUUUCUAUGCACGGGUGUUUCAUAUAUCCAAAUGCGUACAGAAUUCUAGAAUUCCUAGUGAGUAUUUUCAUGCAAUUUUUAGGGCAUUGCAAACUGUUACUUGUAGUAUAAAAUACAUACUAGCACACUUUUUUUUUUUUAAGGGACCUGUGCCUGGCAGGAUCAAUGCAAACUGUAUCUUAAGGCCCUGCUCCGGGAUGGAGUUGGCAGUUCUGCUUCAGAAGUGGCUCUGAUAAGUGACGCCUUUGGUUUUUAGGCCGAGGUCACUUUUCUUAACACUGAUAGUAAAGGAGACUGGUGUGGUUUAGCUUGGCUUCUACUACACAUCCUGCCUGGUACUGUGUCUGCAGUCCGUAGAGACAGCUACAGUGUGCUGCUGCCUCGGUGGUAGCUGGCAGGGGAAGCAGAAAUACACUGGGGUUGGUUUUUCUGCUGCUUCUGAUGAAGCCAGCAAUCAGACUUCCUGAUCUGAUCUGGUGCAAAACCUUGUCAUCUGAACAGCUAAUAAAUACAUUGAACUGCAACUUUCCUCUCUUCUUUGAGCUCAGGUGCAGCUGUGACUUUUAUAAUUAUGUUUUUUUAAUGUUUCUUUGAAAAAAUUGAUAGGAUUUCUACAGCUAAUGUGUAAUUCCAGUGGUACUCAAGUGGCUAGAUUAAAUAUAAACAUGCUAAGCAACUGGCAUUUUUACCUGCCUAAAACUACUGUUGAUGAGUUUUUUUGUAUUUGAAGCUUUCUAAAAAUGUGCAGUCAAGUCCUGCAUCGUAGCCUUUGCGAGGUCUCUGGUUUCCUCCUCAAAAGCAAUGACUGUCAGAGUUCUACAGAACUCAUGUGACCUUCCCUAACCUUGACAAAAGUGAAAACGAGAACCUUUUUGGGUGUUGGAACUGCACAGAAGUGUUCAGUCCCAUUUUUGUCAAUAUUUACAUAUCAAACUUCGAUGGGAAAGCACGCACUUCUGAGUUCUUGCUUUUCCGAAAGAACGUGUGGGAACAAAGUGAGGUGGCAGGAUUGUCAGAAAGUGUGCCGCCUUGCUUAGCUCUCUAUCUUUGGAUCUAUUUUUGUGAAUCAGUUGUCAUCAAUUUACCGAAAGAACUUACUGUGAACCUCGGUCGUUGAAUACUUUGUGAAGUCCUGUGCUGUUCUUCAGUUGCCCCACAUCUGGAUUUUAUUUUUUUCCCCUGAUAAUGCAGCAUUUGUCCACUUUUAAGCCAUUUGUCUGGUAUCUCUCUGUGAGGUGUUCUGAGCAUGGCAUGCUUCCAACGCUGCAUGCUUUGCCGAGGAGGGCGACUCUGGGAUGCUGGUGUGUUCACCCAUAGGCUUGGCAGGACAUGGUAGGCUGCAGCAGUGCUGUGAACCCGUGCUUGAAGAAAAACUGUGAAGUCUAAAAUGCCUGCACAGGGGGGCUGGCUGCACAAGUAGCGAUCUCCGCAUACCUUGGUUUGAUAGGUUUUUCUUGUAUUUUCUAACACGGGAAGAAAAGCAGGUUGUCCAUGCGUGUAGUGCCAUUCGGUCACGACCUGUGAAAUUAUCAUAGGCAGUGUCUUAUUCUUUGAAAUACCAUGUAUCUAUUAAAGUAUUUGAUCGGGAUAAAGUAUUCUGUCUGAUUCUUAGGCAAAUAAUAUUUUUUGAUCUACAAAUUCUAGCAGGAGAAAUAUUUUCCUAUGUGGUUUGUUUUGGUUUUUAACAGGAAGAAGCAAGUUUAUGGCACUUGCCAUCUUACCUGAAAUACUUAAAGACAGCUGAUGCUGUUUCUUCCCAAGUCCUUUCCCCUUCACCAUUCCCAUCGAGGUCUUGCAAUUAAUGGUUUCAUGGCAAGACAUGGAAAGUGAGGCUGCCCUUCUCGGAGUCAGUUGCAGACAAACUCAGCUACUGGUAGGAGAAAGACUUGGGUAGAAGCAAGAUGGGGAGACAAAAGUCAGACGAUGUUUGGUGGCUUGCUGAACUGGCCCCGAUUCUUCUUCUGUUACAGCAUUGUUAUGUUUUUUUAUUUGAGGAGUCAAGAUACUUCUGAAUUUGCAGAGCUUUAUAGUUGGUAGCAAAAAUGACUUGCCCUUGGUACAAGAAUCUGUUAUAUUCCAGUUUAUG